AGAUGUAUAUUCAGUAUUCCCAACCGGAAGAGAAUUCCAAAAGAUCAAUAAAACAUUGAAAGAUGCGGCGACGACCAGGAAUCGGAGGAUUACAAACGGCCGCGGCUGCUCGGGAUCAGUACCGGUUAUUAGGAGAAAAUGUGGCCAAGCUACGGACUGAUAUGAUGAAAGAGCAGCUCGCCACGUUCAAAUCCCAGCUUGAAGAGUUCGCUCGUAAACACAAGAAUGAUAUUCGUAAAAAUCCAGCCUUCAGGGCUCAAUUCCACGAAAUGUGUGCUAAAGUUGGUGUGGAUCCACUAGCUUCAAACAAGGGAUUCUGGGCUGAGCUCCUGGGAAUUGGUGAUUUCUACUAUGAACUUGGAGUUCAGAUUAUUGAGGUUUGCAUGCUGACAAGGUCACUCAAUGGAGGUUUGAUCAGCUUGCAAGAGCUCUGUAACCAUCUUCGCCAGAGAAGGAAAAAAGACCGUGAAGCUGUGACUGAAGAUGAUUGUCUUCGAGCUAUUAGCAAGCUAAAGGUAUUGGGUAGUGGAUUUGAGGUUAUCACCAUUGGCAAGAAGAAGCUUGUCCGUUCAGUCCCCACUGAGCUGAACAAAGACCAUAAUCAAAUCUUGGAGUUGGCUCAGGGUCAAGGCUUUGUGACUGUGGAAGAGGUACAAAGACGGCUCACGUGGACAUCUGGUCGGGUCAUAGAUGCUCUCGAAACUUUGUUAGAAGAGGGCCUUGCAAUGAUCGACAAUGGCAAUAAAGACGGAAAAUGUCAGUAUUGGUUCCCCUGUGUUUCUUCUGUUUAUUCAUUCGCUGGAUCUGAUACUUAAACUGCGACACUAUCUCUUUUGUUUUUGGUUUUACUUACACACUCACUCUUUAUUGCAUAUAAAGUAUGGAAAAAAAUUCUUAUCAGUAUAUUUCAUAAAUUUUCUUGUACAUGUAUAGAAUAAAUAAUUGUUUUUCAUACACG